AUGCAGGACCCAGAGCUCUACGUUCGAAAUUUCUAGGAAGAAAUUAGCCAAAGAAAUAAACGCAAACAACCUUAGCAAUUUCCUGAUGAUCAACGAUUACAUGAACGUCCUAGAGUUAGAAAGAUCGAACCUCCUUCUUAGAUCAUCAGUCAAUCAUUGCUUAAGAAUCACAGUUAUGUGGCUGAUCCUCUCAAAAAUUUUACGAAACCGCUUAUCAAUUAUUAAAUUACAAGUCCAUCUGGAAGAGAGCCAUAGCGAUAUAAUCACAAUUUUUUGUAUCUCGGACAAGAUAAUAUCUUUCGAAAGGAACCCCACAACCAAAUUCAAAAAGAUUAUGCACCUCAGCGAUAUUCGCAAUAAUCCAAUGAAUAAAGAGUUAAUUAUUAAAAUGUAGGCAAUAUGCUUGUUGGUGGUGACAGUCAAAAAUAGCUAUAAACUCAAACACAAGUAUAAAAUCAGUAAGUGACGUAAUCAUAAUUGUAAAACUAACAAACAGGAUAUGGAUAUCCAUCACAGCAACAAAAUUAUUAAUAUUAAUAAGAAUAGCAAUAACAAUAAUAAUAACAAUAGCAAUAAUAAUAACAAUUACAAUUACAAUAAUAAUAAUUGUAAUUACAAUAAUAAUAACUUUCUUAGCAAUAAGUAUAAUAAUAGCAGUAACAACUCUCGUAAUCGUAAUUACCAAAACAAUAAUACUAAUAAUAACAUAAUUAAUAACCACAAUAGUAUUAAACAUAUUAAAUACCACCAUAAAGUUACCAAUAAAACUAGCAAUUCUCUUCAUAGUAUAAUCCUUAUUAGGCAGGAUCACCAAACACAUAUAAAUUGAAAAGUGAAAAUAAUCAAUAGCCUUUCAAUUAUUAUGGUUCUAGAGCAUUAAAAAAUUUGGAUAGUACAUAAAUAUAUUGA